AUGGACAAUUUCUCAUCCUCUGAAUUCUCACAGGGGCCUUCGCAGUACUCCUCGAUGCCCACAUCCUCUCGAACGGAUCCCUCGAGCCUAGAAAACGGUGCGACGGCUGAAGAUUUCGCCACGGGCGAUAGCAGCUACGUCCCACGUCCCAAGCGCAUCGCUUGUGUGGUCUGCCGGCGCAGGAAAUUAAGAUGCGACGGGAAGCGACCAAGCUGUGGAACAUGCACGCGUUUGGGUCAUGAAUGUGCCUACGAUGAAGUGCGCAAGAAGAGUGGACCUAAGCGGGGGUACGUGAAGCAGCUGGAGGCCCGAUUAGCUCAGGUCGAAACGCUUCUUAAAGGCCAAGAUUCGGAUAGCGCGCCGCGCACUUCUCCCCCUCAACCUCAAGAACACACAUUCAAUGGAGCCUUCCAGGAUGAACCCGGUCUCGCCCUGCCAGAUCUCAGCAUACUUGAAAAUGACAUGGGUUCCGCGAUUCCCCCGGUAGCGAAUAGCUUGGACGCAUCCCAACCGAGCCAGUUCAACUUUCCAGAUACCAACAUCAAUAUUCCGAAUAAUAUCUCGAGCGAUUCUCAAUGGAACCUAAUCAGUUUGGGGUUGGAAGAACCUCUUCCGGCUCCGGACGUGAUUGAUGAACUGGAGACCAUCUUCUUUGAGAAAAUUUACCCAAUGAUGCCUAUCAUUCACCGUCCUCGAUAUUUUGCCAGUCUUAAUCUCGGGCUUAAUCUACGACCACCGAUAUGCUUGCGCUACAUAAUGUGGUGUCAUGCAGCAUCGGUUACAGACAAAUACUUUUUCUUGCAUACCCAUUUCUACCAAAGGGCUCGCAAGUAUGCGGAAACAGACGAAAUGAAAGGAUUCGGAGAGUCCAUCAUCAGUCUGGGGCAUUGUCAAACUUGGAUUCUCAUUGGCGCUUAUGAGUUCCGAAUGAUCUACUUCCCGCGCGCCUGGCUGAGUGUUGGUAAAGCCACGAGAUUGGCGCUCAUGAUGGGCCUCAACCGCUUAGACGGCUCAGGGAUUGAUGUGAAACAGUCCAUGCUUCCACCAAAAGAUUGGACAGAACGCGAAGAACGAAGAAGGGUGUUCUGGAUGGCAUUUUGCACUGAUCGAUAUGCAAGUAUUGGAACUGGAUGGCCAUUAGCUAUCGACGAGAACGAUAUCAUGACAAACCUCCCGGCCUCUGAAGAAUCAUUCAUAAAGAGCAAACCGCAACGCACACUUCGCCUGUCUGAUAUCAUCGGGGGCGAGGGCGUGUCUGCUUUGGCUCCAUUCGCCUGUGUAGUCCUGCUAGCAAAUCUCUUCGGCAGAAAUUUGACGCACAUUCAUCGGCCCCAGCCAACAGAUAAUGACCAUGAUCUCAAUGGCGACUUUUGGAAGAGACACCGGAGCCAUGAUAAUAUUCUCCUUCAUAUUGCACUCUCCCUACCUGAACACCUUCGACUUCCGUCUGGGACCGACGAUGUGAAUGUUAUUUUCGCCAACAUGAGUAUCCACACCUCAACAAUUUGCCUCCACCAAGCUGCAAUCUUCAAGGCAGAAAAGAACAGAAUGCCCAACCAAAUAAUCACCGAGAGCAAGCGCCGAUGUCUUGUGGCGGCGAACCAGAUUUCUAGCAUCAUGAAGAUGGUUAGCCAUGUUGAUUUGACUAUUUUGAAUCCCUUCAUGUCUUUCUGCCUCUACAUUUCAGCACGAGUGUUUGUGCAGUACAUUAAAUCUCGGCCUGACGAUUCGGCCGUUUAUUCUUCACUGCAAUUCAUUGUUGGGGCGCUGAAUGCAAUGAAAUCCAAGAACCCUUUGACUGAAUCCUUCCUGAUACAACUGGAUGUCGAUCUUGAAGGCACUGGAAUUCAAUCCCAGGUCUCAAAAACCAGCUCGGCAUAUAUUCAACAAGCAAUGCAGACCCAUUGCGGUGAUCAUGUUGAGUGUGGACCCAUUUACAAAAUUCGACAACAACAGCGAGAUGAGAUCCCCCAGGGAUCCUCGCAAGACUCCACCAACACCGGAAUUCCGAAUCAUCCCCCUCCUAAUACAUCGACAUCUCUUCCUAGUCGGCACAGAGAAUCAGCAAACAAUAACACGAAUCAUCCACCUACGGCUCUUGAUCAACCUCAGUACUUCUCCAACCAAAUGCGACAUUCCGGCCUCAAUGGUGAAACCGCCAUACCAGGAACUCUCAUUGAUAUUGACAUGGAUUUCUCGCCAGACUUCCUUGGAGAGAGGAACCCACCCUCCGAUCACCCAACGCCCUCCACGCUGAACUCAUCUUCAAACACAUCCUACUCAAUUUCGGGCACCGACAACCCGUCCCCUGGGAAGAAACAACAAAAUUCAGGAAUUACCCACUCUGGUCAAGGGUCAGGUCCCAUCCAUAUAUCUCCGACAAGCACAGAGUCGCCACAAAUUCCCGACAUCACGAGGUCUGGGCCGACUAGUGCAUUUGAUAUUCCUCCCGCGUGGGACCUACCCACACCAAACUCUGAUUUGUCCAAUGUGGACUUUAACGUCAACAUGAAUUCCCUGAGUGAGGCUCAAUGGGCACAGAUCUUGAACAAUAACGGUGGUCCGGCUGGAUGGGAUAGCUGGCGCCAAACAGGCGCGUAA